GUGGCUGGCUUGUCGCCUGGCUGUCACCUGGUGCCGGCAGAAGCUUCACGCGGAGCUGAAGAUUGGCUCCUUCGGCUUCUUCUGGGCACAAAACAUCAGCCUCAAAUUCCAGCGGGAGCAGCAGACGGUGGAGAUUGACAACGUUUGGAUCUCCAGCAAACUGAGCCGGGAGCUGCCACGCUACUUUGAGCUGUGUUUUGGCGAGGUGCGAAUCCGCACAGAUCUCCAGAAGGGCCCUGGGCUUCAGCCAUCCAUCCCGGAGACUCCCAGAGAAGCUGAUGGAGAUGACAGCAAAGCAGACGUGACUCUGAAACCCUCCCUGCUGAGGCUCCUUAGUCAGCUCUUUUCCAUCCACAUGGACUCCAUCAACAUCAUGGUUCUGCACGUGGCCACCUCAGAGUCUCUCUGGCACAUCCAGGCCAGCAAGACCCGUCUCCUCCUGAAUGGCAAUGGGAAGAGCCUGACCUGCGAAGUGAGCCUGACGAAGGUGAACAGCAAAGUGCUCCGGAGCAGCCAGCUGGAUGACACCUGCCUGGCAGAGCUGGCCCUGGCGCUGUCCCUCUCACUGGAGAUCAGCAGCAAGCGGCGGCUGGUGGGGGUUAGGCUGCGCGUCCGGACCCUGCAGGCACAGCUGCACGAAGGGCUGUUCUGCAGCCCGCUGCUGCACCGCGUCACUGCCGGGACCCAGCGCAGCGGCCCAGGCGAACAGCCCAGCCCAGGCCCGGAAGAGCCGCUGAAGUCCGUGUCUCUGCUGAGCAGGGACAUGCUGCAGCUCAUCCCCAGAAGGGUGGAGGUGAAGCUGGAGAGCACCAGUGUGGUGCUGUCUAUGAACAGCCAGAAGAGGCACCUCACCUGGAGCCUGAAGCUGCUGCAGUUUCUAUACAAGCGUGAAGAGGAACAGAUCCCACUGCGCAACUUCACGCCCACCUCAGACCUGGACCAAAUGAGUGUAGACCUCCAGCUGGAGGAUGGCCUUCUCCUGUCCCAGAGCCGCCAGCGCAUCGUGUGCCUCAACUCCCUGAAAACCAGCGUGCAGGUCACAGCUAUUGACCUCUCGGCAGCUGUGCUGCUCAACACCUGCAUCAUCCACUACCGCCACCAAGAGGUUUCCAUCCCCUCCCGCCACCAAGAGUUUUCACACUGGCUGGGCCUUUUGGCACAGGAAUACAGGUGUCGGGUGGUGCCUGUCGCCAGCCAAGGGCACAAGGGAAGCUAUCCCCAAAUCAUAGCGCCCAUCAUCCUGAGUGCCUCGCUGUCCAACGUCAAUGUGUCGGUGCAGCUCGGGGACACGCCGCCCUUUGCCUUGGGCUUCAACUCCAUCGCGGCAGACUACCAGCACUUGCGGCCGCAGAGCGUGCACCAGCGAGCGGUGCUGGCUGUGGACCACCUCUGCUGGCGUGUGGGCAACGACUCACACAUCCAGCGUGCCCCUCAUCCCCCCAACAUGCACGUGUGGGGAGAAGCCCUCAUCCUUGACUCCUUCAACCUGCAGGUGAGGCAGCUCUCAGGGGGGUGGGCUGCCUCUCUGCAACUCCAUGUAGGCAUCACGGGGACUCGUGGUGGCAUGGGGACAUCCUGCAGCCUGAGAGUGACCAUCCUGGUUGUCCUGCAGGGCACUGAGCCUGCCAAGCAGCUGCUCUCUGCCUCAAGUGAGCCCUGGGGGCUGCUCUGGAAGGUGGAUCUGAAGGUGGAGGACGUGAACCUUUUCACACUCUCGGCCCUGGUGGGUGCUCUGGAGCUGCGGCUGGACACGCUGACCGUCCUGGGAAGUGCUGAGAGCUGCACAGUCAGCGUCCAGGGCAUGGUGCUGGCCUUGGUAAAGAGCAUUACGGAGAAGAUGCAGCCGUGCUGCAAAGCUCCUGCCAUCCCCAACCCGCUGGCCAACCUCUCCAUGCUCUCUGUCACCUACCACAGCAGCAUCCGUUCCCUGGAGGUGCAGUGCGGUGAGGGGCUGGCCGUGCUGUGGAGCCCGCCCGACCACAUGCACUUGUACCACCACACCCUGGCCACCCUGCAGUGCCACGAAGCCUUGCGCAGCGCCCUCGGCCACGGGACACCUCCAUCCCUGCCCCUGGAGAGCCCAGCGUCCCACCCAGCCACCCCUACUGAGACACCAGGGCCCCUCCAGCCAGAUGGGAUCCCCCCCAAAAGACUCCUGUCCCUGUCACUGGAGCUGAGCUCUGCCAAGGUCACAGCCUUUGUCUCUGAGGCCAACUACAUCAGCCUGGCUGCCGAAAGGACCUCCGUGAGCUGGCACGGCGGGGGGCUAUUUUUUUUGGCUGCCGGCUUUGACGGACACAGCAUCUUCAGCUUCAAGGAGGUGGAGGUGAAGCUGCUGCCGGAGCUGGAGGAGGUCAUCCUGCACCGCUGCGCCUUCCCCACCCUGCACACCCUCCGCAACCGCGGCUGGGCCUUCUCCUUCGCCAGCGUCACCAUCGAGUUCCCCUACCAGUACGAUUUCUCCCGCACGCUGGAUGCUGCCGUGGGAGUGCAGAAGUGGCUGAAAGGGCUGCACCGGCGCGGGCGCCCUGCCAGCACGGCGCUGCCUCCUGACCUCCUGCUCAAAGUGACUCAUUUCUCCUGGGUCUUCCUGGACGACGUCUUCGAGGUCAAGCUACGAGACAACUACGAGCUGAUGAAGGACGAGAGCAAGGAGAGCGCCAAGAGGCUGCAGCUGCUGGAUGCCAAGGUGGCUGCGCUGCGCAAGCAGCACGGUGAGCUGCUGCCUGCACGCAAGAUCGAGGAGCUGUACGCCUCGCUGGAGAAGAAGAACAUCGAGAUCUACAUCCAGCGCUCGCGGCGCCUCUACGCCAACACACCUAUGCGGAGGGCCCUCCUCACCUGGACCCUGGCCCACCUGGAGCUGGUGGCCAUGGCUGAUGAGUCCUUCCACGGCACAGAGCGUGUGUUGGAGCAGAUGAGGGACCUGGAUGGUGUCAGCCCGUUCCCUCCCGAGGGUCUGGAGAUGGUCACCCAGUGGUGCCGCAUGAUGAAGGGCAGAGUUGGCAGCUUCUUUGUGCGGAUCCGUGAUUACCCUCGCUACCUCUUUGAGAUCCGCAACUGGCAGCUCUCGGGCCGGCUGAUCGGAGCCGAGCAGAGCGGCCAGGCCUGCUCCCGGCGCCGCCAGGUCCUGAAGCUGGGGGCGCCCUGGGGGGACACGACAGUGGAGAGGAACAUGCCACCCUUGAAGUUCUACCACGACUUCCACUCUGAGAUCUCCCAGUACACCAUCGUGUGGGGGCCCUGCUGGGACCCUGCUUGGACCCUGAUCGGUCAGUGCGUGGACCUCCUCACCAAGCCCUCGGAGGACCCCAGUGCCCCGUUGCCCUGGUGGGACAAGAGCCGCCUCCUCUUCCACGGGGACUGGCACAUGGACAUUGAACAGGCCAACCUGCACCAGCUGGCCACUGAGGACCCUUACAACACCACAGAGAACAUGCACUGGGAGUGGAGCCACCUCUCCUUCCACUGGAAGCCUGGGCAGUUCGUCUUCAAGGGCAACCUGGACAUCAACGUCCGGACAGCAUCCAAGUACGACGACUGCUGCUUCCUGCACCUGCCCGACCUGUGCAUGACGCUGGACCUGCAGUGGCUGUGCCACGGGAACCCCCACGACCACCACGGCGUGGUGCUGCGCUCCCCCGAGUUCCUGCCCGAGGUGCCGGUGGGGCAGCAGUACGAUUCCUACCGUGCCUUCCGCUCCGAAAACCUCAACCUCUCCAUCCGGAUGGACCUGACGCGGCCCAGUGAAGAGCACUCCCAGCCCCGGAUCCUGCUCUACAGCAGCACCCUCCGCUGGAUGCAGAACUUCUGGGCCACGUGGACCAGCGUAACACGCCCCAUCUGCCGUGGGAAGCUCUUCAACAACAUGAAACCCAGCAAGAAGAAGCUGGGGCAGCAUUACAAGCAGCUGUCUUACACCGCGCUCUUCCCCCAGCUGCAGGUGCAUUACUGGGCCUCCUUUGCCCAGCAGCGGGGCAUCCAGGUGGAGUGCUGCCAGGGGCACAUCUUCACUCGUGGUACCCAGCGGCUCAUCCCACAAGCCGGCACCGUGAUGCGACGCCUGAUUUCGGAGUGGAGCAUCACACAGAUGGUGAGCGACCUGAGCCAGGUCACUGUGCACCUCAUGGCCUCCACUUGUGACGAGAACGCCGACCACAGGCUUGAUACCCUGGUGAAGAAAACCCACCUGCUGAGCCUGUCAUCCCUCACCUACCAACGGCACAGCAACCGCACGGCUGAGGAGGAGCUGCCCCUGCGGGACGGGGACGAUGGUUUCCACACACACCAACUGCACUUAGUGGACCUGCGGGCGUCCUGGACCACCACCAACCGGGACAUCGCCUUUGGCCUCUACGACGGCUACAAGAAAGCGGCUGUGCUCAAGCGCAACCUGUCCACCGAGGCGCUGAAGGGACUGAAGAUCGACACGCAGCUGCAAGCCAAGAAGCUGAAGCGGGGUCCGCUCUCCGCUCACUCCGCCCCUGCCAGAGUGACCGCUCCCAUCACCAGCGGCCGUCCCGAGAGAGCCUCCUCGGGGGGGGCCUACAUGCUGCAGAAGCUCAUUGAGGAGACGGACAAGUUUGUGGUCUUCACAGAGGAGGAGUCGGGGGCCAGCGAGCAGCUGUGCGGCAUCGCCGCCUGCCAAACCGAUGACAUCUACAACCGCAACUGCCUCAUCGAGCUGGUCAACUGCCAGAUGGUGCUGCGCGGCGCGGAGACGGAGGGCUGCGUGAUUGUGUCCGCUGCGAAGGCCCAGCUGCUGCAGUGCCAACACCAUCCCGCCUGGUAUGGGGACACGCUGAAGCAGAAGACGUCCUGGACCUGUUUGCUGGAUGGCAUGCAGUACUUCGCCACGACGGAGAGCGGCCCCACUGAGAGGGAGCUUGGGCAGCUCUGGCUGGAGGUGAAAAAUAUCGAGGAGCAUCGGCAGCGGAGUCUGGACUCGGUGCAGGAGCUGAUGGAGAGCGGGCAGGCAGUGGGGGGCAUGGUCAGCACCACCACAGACUGGAACCAGCCCUCAGAAGCCCAGCAGACCCAGCAAGUGCAGAGGAUCAUCUCUCGCUGCAGCUGCCGCAUGUACUACAUCAGCUACAGCCAUGACAUCGACCCCGAGCUGGCCACGCAGAUAAAGCCCCCCGAGACUCCCGCCAACCUGGAGAAGGAGGAUCUCCUGAAGAAGCAGGAGGGAGCUGUGGACACAUUCACGCUGAUCCACCACGACCUGGAGAUCUCCACCAACCCCGCGCAGUAUGCCAUGAUCCUCGACAUAGUCAACAACCUGCUGCUGCAUGUGGAGCCCAAACGCAAGGAGCACAGCGAGAAGAAACAACGGGUGCGCUUCCAGCUGGAAAUCUCCAGCAACCCCGAGGAGCAGCGCAGCAGUAUCCUACACCUGCAAGAGGCAGUGAGGCAGCACGUCGCCCAGAUCCGGCAGCUGGAGAAGCAGAUGUACUCCAACGUGAAGUCCCUGCAGGAUGACAGCAAAAACGAGAGCCUGCUCGACCUCAACCACAGGCUGCAGCAGCAGCUGAGCCAGGAGAAAGCUGACCUGCAGCUGGAAAGCGAGGAGCUGAACAUACUCAUCAGGUGCUUCAAGGACUUCCAGCUGCAGCGAGCCAACAAGAUGGAGCUGCGAAAGCAGCCGGAAGAUGUGAGCGUGGCGCGCCGCACUGAGUUUUACUUCGCCCAGGCGCGCUGGCGCUUGACCGAGGAGGACGGGCAGCUGGGCAUAGCCGAGCUGGAGCUCCAGCGCUUCCUCUACAGCAAGGUCAACAAGUCCGACGACACGGCCGAGCAUCUGUUGGAGCUGGGCUGGGUCACGAUGAACAACCUCCUGCCCAAUGCGGUGUACAAGGUGGUGCUGCGUCCCCAGAGCUCCUGCCAGUCCGGCCGGCAGCUGGCAUUGAGGAUCUUCAGCAAGGUCCGGCCACCCGUGGGAGGCAUCUCCAUCAAGGAGCACUUUGAGGUGAAUGUGGUACCCCUCACCAUCCAGCUCACCCACCAGUUCUUCCACAGGAUGAUGGGUUUCUUCUUCCCCGGCCGCAACGUGGAGGAGGAGGAGGUGGUGGGGGAUGAAGAAGACAAGUCCAAGCUGGUGACGACAGGGAUCCCCGUGGUGAAGCCGCGGCAGCUGAUCGUGGCCGAUGACUCGCUGGGCCCAGGGAAGGGAGUCGCUCAGGGACUGAACCGCACGUCAGGCGUCCGAAGAUCUUUCCGAAAAGCUCCCGAGCAUCCCGUGGAUGACAUCGACAAGAUGAAGGAGCGCGCGGCCAUGAACAACUCCUUCAUCUACAUCAAGAUCCCGCAGGUGCCGCUCUGUGUCAGCUACAAGGGCGAGAAGAACAGUGUGGACUGGGGCGACCUGAAUCUGGUGCUGCCGUGCCUGGAGUACCACAACAACACCUGGACGUGGCUGGACUUUGCCAUGGCAGUGAAGAGGGACAGCCGCAAAGCCUUGGUGGCACAGGUGAUCAAGGAGAAGCUACGCCUGAAGCCGGCGGCAGGCACGGAGGCCCGGGGGAAGCUGGAGAACAAAUCGGACGGGACCAUCCAGCAGCAGGAGGAGGACGAGAAGGCGCGGCUGCUCAUUGGGCUGAGCGUGGGCGAGAAGAACCCCAGCAAGAAGUCGAUUUUCGGCAGGCGCAAAUGACAGCAACACCCGGCUGGCCGGGAAGGGACUGGGGUGCCCAGUGCUGCCUGCUCCAGAGAGGCAGCCCUAGGGCGGAGGGGGCUGCGCUGCUCAGCACAGCAUUGCCCAAGGUGAGGGUUUGCUGUGUGCAGGCCCUCGGCAGACCCAGUGCUGCAGGGCAGGGGUGUGGCAGCAUGGGGAUGCGGGGCGCAGGGUGCUCCAGGGCUAUUUUGUGGGGUGCAGCCCCCUCCUGUGCCAAGGGCUCCUGUGAGCUUCCCCCCCAUCCCUGCUGUGUGCGUGCUGGGCCUGGCCCCUGGGUCCGGUAAAGCAGCAGGAUCGCUCUAGGCUGGGAGAAAGGGGAACAGGAGAGAAUUUAAAUAAAAGAGUUUUUAAUUUG